ACGUGACGUAACGUUUAUUUACCAGGAAUUUGGGGACGGGAUGCAGUUAUUUUUGUCUGUCGUCACGGAAAACGGAAAUCCAUUAUCGGGGUCACAAAUUGACUGUUAAUCGUGUUAUCUGUUGGCAUUUUGUACCUGUGACUCAAAAACGUCUCCGGUUACUCUUAUCUUUUGUUUAUGUGUUUUUUGUACAACAUACGCACAGAUAAAAAAAGACAGAAGUUGAAUGUAGUACGAAUACAGUUACGCAAACAGUAAAUGAAAUUUAUGUAAACAACCGUUAGUGGUUUGUAAAAACUGUAACGAUAAACAAAGAUGUUAUUGCGGCGUACAAAAUGAAAAUUGAACCAGUCGAUUUUUGUUUUAUAAACGGAUCGAACGUGAGACAAUGACUCACGAACGUCGGAAUCGAUAGUAUAAACUAGUUCCUUCGCUUUUGCACAUGUGAUACUUUCAUGGAAAUCCACUUUGUCAGUGCAAGGUGCACAAAAUACGAGGACUGAACAACAACUGACGCCGUGUUGUAUCGGGGAUAUUGCCUUAACACCAAAAGUAACCCAAAUCAAACAAGCAGAAAAAAUCAAACAUGAGUUUAAGCACGUUAAUCGAGGCGGCAAAGUUCCUGGAACAGCAGGAACAGGACCAGAAGCUGCAGCAAAUGCUGUCGCUGACGGCGGCUGAGCCGCUGCCAUCGACGCCUCAACCCGCCCUCACCAUCGCCACACCCACCGCCAAAAGUAUCAGUCUCAAUCAAAACGGCACAGUGCUGCUAUCCUCACCCGGCAUCGCGCUUCAAGGUCAACUGACCUUAUCAACAGCGCCUGUCGUCAAGAAGGAGCAGGACCACCAGGUCUCCAGCACGGUGGCGGGCCAACCUCAGAGGCCUAGAGUGCUGCACAACAGUUUCGACAUCAUGAACCCGCUGGUCAUCGACGAGAGCAACAGGGACGUCAAACGGAGGGUACCACCCAUGGUCUUCAGGGCCGGUACCCGCGAAGUCCACAACAAGUUAGAGAAGCACCGACGGGCACACCUGAAGGAAUGCUUCGAAUUCUUGAAGAAACAACUGCCCCAGAACCAGGACGAGAAGAAGACAUCGAACCUGAGCAUCCUGCACCACGCCCUGCGCUACAUCCAGUCGCUGAAACGGAAGGAGCGCGAGAUGGAGCACGAAAUAGAGCGGCUGGCACGCGAGAAGAUCUCCAAUCAGCAGCGGGUGCUGGUGCUGAGGAAGGAGCUGCCGACGCCCCUGCCCUCCGAGAUCGCCAAGCUGCUGCUGGAGUUCGGGGGCACCAACACGAACGUGGAGGUGAAAGCCGAGUCGCCGGUCACCACCACCAGCGUCAUACAGCAGAACGGCAGCGAGAAGGUGUCCAUACCGAUCCUGGCGAAGGCGCAGACUCCCAGCGUGACCACCGUGAACGAGGUUUCGUCGAGCCAGUCGGCGGUGCAGACGACGCAGCUGUCGGUGGUGCCGGUCAGCUAUCCGGUGAACCCGGGAUUGGUGGCGAUCGUUCCGAAGGCGCUGACCGACGCGCUGGUGCCGACGCACUUUAUUGCGACGCAGCAGCAGCUGAACGGGAAAGUGGUGCCGGCCCUCCAGUACGUGGUGAAGCCGACCGUCGUGGUCGUCAGCACCGCGUCGCCGAGGCCGAGUUGAACUGACACGAUGUGAUUGGAUUCUUGCGUACUCUCUCCAGGAUUUUGUUCUAUGCAUAUCAGUAUUUGUUUCAAGCCUGUACUAUUUUUAUUAAUAUUAUUUUUUGCUAGUCCUACAAAUUGUAUAUAAUAUAAAUUCGGGAAGACGGUCCAAAAAGUUAAUACAACUACGAGAUUAAUCAAUACAGUAGUGGACUUCCACUUUAACUUAUUCCAUUAAUUUUAACACAAAACUACAAAAAAAAUAACGUAUUACUAUUAUAGAUAGAGAGUGUAAGAAUUGUAAAUAAUAUUUUUUUUGGGAUGUGCCCAAAGUUUAGAUCUCUUUAUUAGUUUAAAAGAUAAUAAUUAUGAUUACAAAUAAAUUUAUUUUAUUGAUUUGUAAAUAUACUGAUUGGAUGAAUGUACGAUAUAUAUACAUAUAAGAGAUGAGAAUUGUAUCGUUUUUAAUUUGUACAUAGAAUUGAAUGCAUCUCUUGUUUGCGAGUUAAUUAUAUUUUAUUUCAUGAUUCUGACAAACAAGGACCCAAUUGUAAAUAUCAAAAAAUUUAUUCUGUUUUAAAUGUAUUAAUAAUAAAUUAUUCAACAGUA